AGCGGGUCCGGGGUGAUGGUGGUGGGGGGCCAAUUCACCGGGGAGUCCGCCCUCCAGCCGCCGGAGGCGGGACAACGUGGGCGCCGCUCUAGCCCUCCGGCGAAGGCGCCCGCAUCUUGCUGGUGUGACGCACUUCCGGGGCGGGGGGAGAGGAAGAUGGCGGCGCCCAUCGAGGUAGCCGUGUGUACAGACUCGUCCGCCCAGUUGUGGAGCUGCGUCGUAUGGGAGCUCCAUUCGGGCGCUAAUCUGCUCACGUACCGCGGCGGCCAGGCUGGGCCCCGUGGUCUGACGCUACUCAAUGGCGAAUACCUGCUGGCGGCGCAGCUGGGCAAGAACUACAUCAGCGCCUGGGAGCUGCAACGGAAGGACCAGCUCCAGCAGAAGAUCAUGUGCCCCGGGCCUGUUACCUGUCUGACCACAUCGCCCAACGGCCUCUACAUGUUGGCAGGGAUUGCAGAGAGCAUAUACCUAUGGGAGGUCUCCACAGGGAACCUCCUGGUCAUCCUGAGCCGCCACUACCAGGACAUCUCCUGCCUGCAGUUCACAGGGGACAGCAGCCACUUCCUCUCGGGCGGCAAGGACUGCCUGGUGCUGGUGUGGAGCCUGUGCAGCGUGCUGCAGGUGGACUCCUCCAGGACCCCAGCCCCCCGGCAUGUUUGGUCCCACCAUACCCUCCCCAUCACAGACAUGCACUGUGGCUUCGGGGGUCCCUUGGCCCGGGUGGCCACAGCAUCGCUGGACCAGACGGUGAAGCUAUGGGAGAUCUCCUCGGGCGAGCUGCUGCUCUCUGUGCUCUUUGACGUGGGCAUUAUGGCCGUGACCAUGGACCUAGCUGAGCAUCACAUGUUCUGCGGUGGCAGUGAGGGCUCCAUCUUCCAGGUCGACCUCUGCACCUGGCCUGGACAAAGCGAGAAGAGCUUCCAGUCAGAACAGGACAGCGGGAAGGUGUUCAAAGGCCACAGGAACCAGGUGACCUGCCUGUCAGUGUCCACUGAUGGCAGCGUGCUGCUCUCCGGCUCACAUGACGAGACCGUGCGCGUCUGGGACAUCCAGAGCAAGCAGUGCAUCAGGACAGUGACCCUGAAAGGUCCCGUGACCAACGCCUUCAUUAUGCUGGCGCCGGUCAGCAUGCUGAGCUCCGACUUCCGGCCCAGCCUGCCCCUGCCACACUUCAACAAGCACCUGCUGGGCGCUGAGCAUGGGGAUGAGCAGCGCCGCGGGGGCCUGACUCUGCGCCUGGGCCUCCACCAGCAGGGAUCGGAGCCCAGCUACCUGGAGCGAGCAGAGCAGCUGCACAUGGUAAUGUGCAGCACAAUGGAAAAGAAUGUGCUGGGCGGCCAGGACCAGCUGCGGAUCCGAAUCACGGAGUUGGAAGACGAGGUGCAGAACCUGCGCAAGAUCAAUCGAGACCUGUUUGACUUCUCCACCCGCAUCAUUACCCGGCCUACAAAAUGAGUGCAAGGACCAGACUCCUACCCAGGGACAGGCCGGCACAGCCACCCAUCCUGGGCCACUGGGCCAAAGCCCCCAGACCAACAGCACUGUUACAAGCUCUCCUUUCCCUGGUUCCGUGUUUGGAUUGUUACUUGCAUGAGGGAUCGUUUUGUCUGUGUUGAUCCACUCGUGUCUGUUGUGUCCAGUUGGUGCUAUUUUGUUAACAAAAGAUCUAAAAGUC